CGUGGAUUUUAUUUUAAUACGGAAACACCCUUACACACCUAAAGGACAUCUAUAAUGUACUUAUAGAUUUGCUGCAGAUCCUAUACCCUUAGACUAUAUUCUACACGCUACCGGUUGUACUCUAAUUACACAUCGAAAGACGAUAGGGGCAAACAAGCUUAGUUUAAUUACCCACUUUUUUACUUAUUUAUGCUGUAUGUAGAAGUAUCCUUUCAUUUAUAUCUUCUCACGAACUCAACAGUCUCGUUUCUUAAUUCUCCUUCUAGGUCAUCUCUUUCGUUUGAAUCACCAAACAGUGCACACCAGCCUGAGAUGGGUGAGCUGUGUUUACCGGAGCGCAUGUUUGCCGCCGGCGAAGAACCCAACGGUGAAAGGGUUAACACAUACCACAAACCCAAAAGAAUCGAGUCUAUAAUUGAGGCUCUUGACCCCGACGAAGUAGAUUUCUUGCGGAGCACCACGUUUGGGAAGAUCAUAUCACAAGCCGAGAAUCCAUCGUUCUCUGGUAGUUUUGGGCAGUUCGUCAUUGUCCACAUGCUUAGAGUGAAGAAAAAAUACGAGAUUUGGUUUCUGUUCGCUGGAAGACCUAUCAGGAUGUCCCUGCACGAGUUUGCUCACGUUACUGAGCUCAAUUGCAAGAAAAUUCCAAUCAAAAACACCAAAAAGAGAAAGAAGAAUCCCAUCAAUGAGAAGUUAUAUUGGGGAGAACUCUUCGGAUCCCUCAAGUUUUGCCUCGUAAAUCUAGCAAUUGAGAUGCUGAAGAAAAGGGAUCAAGGACCGUGAGAUGCGACUGAAAUAUGCAUGCCUUGCCUUUACGUCGUGUAUUCUUCUUCCGACUUCUCAUUUCCCCCGUAUAAUCCCAGAGCACGUUGAAAUGAUUAGGGAAAUGGAUGAAUUUCUUGCCUAACCAUGGGGUCGAGUUUCGUUUGAAAUGCUUGUUACUGGGAUCAAAAAGAAAGACGAGAUUCUACUCUCACAGGCCAGUGUGGCUUUGCCUGGGUUCGUUGACGCGAUCCAGCUUGUAUUUAUGGCGGCGGUACCUCAGAUCAAAGAGAUUGUUCCACAGAAUGAAACUGUGGUAGAUAUUGAGUCGGAUUCCGAUUCAGAAUCAGGAUGUAACGAGCCUCAAGCAGAAGAGGGAGAAGAGAAAGAUGCUACUGAAUCAACUACACCUCAAUCGCCGGUUAGAUACUGUGUAAAUCCAGCACACGUUAAAGCUCUAGACGAGGAAGCCAAGGUUGAGCCGAUAUCCAUGUUUGAGGACACCACACAUUCCCCACAAGACCUUGUUUGGGAUGAUGAGGCUGAAGAUGAUACUGUCGACAACAUGGUCCGUCUAAUAAAAGAAAGUAGCGUUUUCAAGAAAACAACAUGACUCGUACCCUGUAUUGUAUUCAAUGUCGAUAGCUUUUUGAAAUUGGUGUUAACUGCUAAUAGUAGAUUACGUAUAUGAUACAUGAUAAGAAAAUACUCUCGGCUAUAACAGUUUCCAUUAUAUGGCAAGUUUUAUUGUAACAGUUAAAAUUGUUACUAGAUGGCAAUUGGUAUUGUAACAUGUUCUAUAAUGAUAACUUGUUUUAUUA